AUUGUAUUAGGACCAUAUGUCAGCAUAAAUAGUGGAAAUCAAUCAAGACUAAGUUGGAAUCUUCGAUAGUUCGAGUUACGCUUGGCGAAGUUGACGAAGAGGCCCAGCCAUAAGUCAGGCAGUAGCGAGACGUUUUUAGCCCGGUGGCGAGUGCCAACUGCCAAGUAGUAGCGGGCGACUCGUUUCGGAUCGUAAUCGCUAGUCGGUCGAGAGCGGCCAGCCCUGAUACGUUGUCAGUACACCUACAUCGAGAUGAACUGUUUGCGGCUGGUUUGGUUGAAGGACGCCCUCUCUCAACGGAGGCCGAGUGCCGUCUUACCACGGCUGUUCAACCUCGACCAUCACGGAAGGAACAUGUCGUCCGCCAAGACCCUUACCCUCGACAACCUCAACCCAUGCAUCAAAGUGAUGGAAUAUGCUGUCCGAGGGCCCCUCGUCAUAAGGGCAUCGGAAAUAGAAAAAGAACUGAAGCAGGGUAUAAAAAAGCCAUUUACUGAAGUAAUGAAAGCAAAUAUCGGGGAUUGCCAUGCGAUGGGUCAGGUGCCGAUCACAUUUAUCAGGCAGGUGUUAGCCCUGGUUAGCUACCCAGCGCUUAUCAAUGACAGCAGGUUCCCCGAAGAUGUAAAAUGUAGAGCCAAAGACAUUCUGAAAGGCUGUCGUGGAGGAAGUGUAGGGUCUUACACGGAUUCACCGGGUAUUGAAAUGAUAAGAAAGCACGUCGCUGAAUAUAUUGAAAGACGAGAUAAUCAACCGAGCAGCUGGGAAAAUGUAUUUCUUAGCGCGGGUGCUUCUAGCGCCAUCAAGUCUGUAUUGAGCCUUCUCAAAUACAAUCAUGAAGGUAAAAGACCGGGAGUUAUGAUCCCGAUCCCACAGUACCCUCUUUACUCAGCUUCUUUGGCAGAGUUCGACAUGGAACAGAUAGGCUACUACCUUGAUGAGGAUAAAAACUGGGCCUUGGAAGUCAAAGAGCUCGAAAGGGCGGUGUCGGAGGCGAGAAAGGUCUGCUUCCCGAGGGCGAUCGUCGUCAUCAACCCCGGCAACCCGACAGGGCAAGUACUAACCAGGCAGAACAUAGAAGAGAUUAUUAAAUUCGCAAAAAAAGAAAACCUUUUUAUCUUUGCAGACGAGGUUUAUCAGGAUAAUAUCUAUGACCCUGAGAGUGAAUUCCAUUCUUUCAAGAAAGUACUGAUGGAAAUGAAAGACCCUUACGACAAAAUGGAGUUGGCGUCAUUCAUGUCCUGUUCUAAAGGAUAUAUGGGAGAGUGUGGAUUACGAGGGGGUUAUAGCGAGGUGGUGAACUUAGAUCCAGCAGUGAGAGCGAUGUUCCUUAAAUCGAUCUCUGUAAUGCUGUGCCCCACCGUACUCGGACAGGCUGUGAUGGAUUGCAUCGUAAACCCACCGAGGUGCAGCGAGCCUUCAUAUGAAAUGUUUAUGAAGGAGAAAGAGGACGUGCUUUGCUCAUUGAAAGACAGGGCGAAGAUGGUUCAAGAGACGUUCAACAGUAUAGAAGGCUUUUCUUGUAACACUGUCCAGGGCUCCAUGUACGCUUUCCCACAGAUGAAAUUGCCUUCCAAGGCGAUAGCAAAAGCUAAAGAAAAGAAACAGUGUCCUUCUGUGAUGUAUGCGUUUGAGCUGUUGGAAAGCACCGGGAUUUGCAUCGUGCCCGGUGCUGGUUUCGGACAAAAGCCUGGCACGUAUCAUUUCCGGACGACGAUUCUCCCACAACCUGAAAAGUUGAAAGUAAUGUUGGACACAUUUAAAAAGUUCCAUAUGAAGUUUUUGAAAGAUUAUUCUUAGUCAAUUUUAUUAGGUCAGUCUUCAAUUAAUUAUUUUAAAAAAUCUAAGUGUUAAAUAUGUGCACUUAAAAUUUUGAAUAUAUAUGAAAAAAUAUAUUAAACACUUUUUGAAGUA